UGUCCAGCACUGAACACGUUAAUGCCAGCCGGCGCUGCCGUGAAACUGAAAGUGCCGAUAGAGGGCGCUGUGCCGCUAAUGUACAUGGCUUGCGUCUAUGUGCGAAGAAGAAGAAGGAGGAAAACAAGGAAAUGGUGGAGGGAGAGCCUGCCGCUUAUUCCAUGUAACGACCGCUGGCAGCGGCAGGAAGCGGGGUCUUGAUGGGUUAAACAAACUCCGGCCCCAGGAGCAUGGAUUACGAGUUUAAGAGCAAGCUGUCAGCCGAGCGGGAGAGAGUGGAGGACCUCUUUGAAUAUGAAGGUUGCAAAGUGGGUCGAGGAACCUAUGGGCAUGUUUACAAAGCAAAGAGGAAAGAUGGCAAGGAUGAAAAAGAGUAUGCACUAAAGCAAAUUGAAGGUACAGGAAUAUCCAUGUCGGCCUGCAGAGAGAUUGCACUCUUGCGUGAAUUGAAGCAUCCAAAUGUAAUUGCGUUACAGAAAGUGUUCCUGUCUCACAGCGAUAGAAAAGUUUGGUUGCUGUUUGAUUAUGCUGAACAUGACUUGUGGCAUAUUAUCAAGUUUCAUCGUGCCUCAAAAGCAAAUAAAAAGCCCAUGCAGCUGCCAAGAUCAAUGGUCAAAUCACUGCUCUAUCAGAUCCUGGAUGGAAUCCAUUAUCUGCACGCAAACUGGGUGCUUCAUCGAGACCUGAAACCAGCAAACAUCCUGGUAAUGGGGGAAGGCCAUGAGAGAGGAAGAGUCAAGAUAGCUGAUAUGGGUUUUGCCAGACUCUUCAACUCCCCGCUGAAGCCACUAGCAGAUUUGGACCCAGUGGUAGUCACAUUCUGGUACAGAGCACCAGAAUUGUUGCUUGGAGCAAGACAUUAUACUAAGGCCAUAGAUAUUUGGGCGAUUGGCUGCAUUUUUGCUGAACUGUUGACAUCUGAACCCAUCUUUCAUUGUCGCCAAGAAGAUAUUAAAACAAGCAACCCGUUUCACCAUGACCAGCUGGAUCGCAUAUUCAGUGUAAUGGGAUUUCCUGCAGAUAAGGACUGGGAAGAUAUCCGAAAGAUGCCAGAAUAUCCUACACUGCAAAAAGACUUCAGGAGAACAACGUAUGCUAACAGCAGUCUGAUAAAGUACAUGGAGAAGCACAAAGUGAAGCCCGACAGCAAAGUUUUCCUUCUGCUUCAGAAACUUCUUACUAUGGACCCAACAAAAAGAAUAACCUCAGAACAGGCGCUACAAGAUCUCUAUUUUCAAGAGGAUCCGUUGCCAACAUCAGAUGUUUUUGCAGGGUGCCAGAUACCAUAUCCAAAACGAGAGUUUCUGAAUGAAGAUGAGCCAGAGGAAAAAGCGGACAAGAAUCAACAGGCACAGAAUCAGCAUCAACAGCAAGCAGCUAACCAGCAACAGCAGACGACAAACCAGCAAGUCCAACAGCAGAACAGCAGCCAGACUAAUGGCACAAGUGGAACCGGUGGAGCUACUGGAACAACACUGCAACACAGCCAAGACUCCGGACAUAACCCGGGACCUCCGAACAAAAAACCACGCAUGGGGCCUUCAGCCAAUAAUUCGGGUGGACCUUCCCUCAUGAAUUCUGAUUAUCAGCACUCUACUUCUCGUCUGGGUUACCAAAGCAAUGUUCAGGGAACUUCUCAGCCUCAGAAUACCAUGGGCUAUUCCACAACAACUCAACAGAGCUCACAGUACCAUCAGUCCCACAGGUACUAAAUGGACAAUCAGCUGACAUCAAAGAACACCAGAUGCUCCAGUUGUAUGAAACAAAGACUUGGCACAAACAGUGCACGUUUGGAACCAAGUAAAAAGUGCACGAGUGGGCUCUUCAAGACUCUGAUGGUGUUAAAAUAUAGAAACGUAGAAAGUGAAGGCAGAUGAGAACCAUUCGGCCCAUGUAGUCUGCCCAACCUUCUUUGUUUUUAGACAUUAUCAAGUUUGGUGAACCUCCAUUUUUCUUAAAUUCCGUAACCUUUGUCUGUUCCAGUCACAUUGGUGAAAAUAUGUGAUCUGAAACCAGCACUUACCCUUCCUUAAUAUUUUUUUAUGGGAAACCAAUUAUUAUCAUUUUUUGUGCAGCUUGUCCAUGCAGUAGCAGUGACAAUGGUAUGUCAUCAUGCUAGGUAGAGCCUGCUCUGUGGGACUUUAUGUUGUAAAAAGAAAUCUUUAAGCUUUCUAGCUUUGUAUAGUUUUGUAUUCAUUGAAAAAAAAGAGCAUAAAUGCACCUUUUAAGCACUGUGUUCUGUUCACAGAACAUUGGCAUUUUGCAUAUGGAUGUCAAGAACAGAAAUCUUUACUGUUCCAAGUUUCUUAUUUUGCUUUUUUAAUUAACAGAAUGAUAUAUAGAUAUAUAUAUAUAUAUGUGUGUGUGUGGUUAUCUCUGUCUAACUAACUAAUCUGUGUAUCUAUAUCCUUAGAUCUAGGGAGAAAGAGAUACAUACACACAAAAAAUAAUUUAAAAAAAAGAAAAAUCAAUGUGCCUGCAUCAGGAACGAUGACGUAAAUGCAGGACCCAACUCAGGAGUGGCUGAAGUAGUUUAAACCGUAGUACAGUUUUUUUGUACAACCAUUAACUUAUUCGUAAAAUAUCUGGAAAAUCAGCUCGUGGGUGAUUGGGGAAGUGUAGGGCCUAUAGCAAAAUGGGUCUCACACUUACAGAGGUAAGACCUUAAGAUGGGGACGCUAAUUUGGUACCAAGUGUUUGCCUGAACGUGAGAGAACCGAACAGAAAAA